AUGCUUUGCCAAAAUUGCUACGGUUUGAAUGCUUUAUAUACAAUUGCGAUGAUAAUGAUGAAUUUGUUGAUAGUCUGGUAUACGGUUCAAUCGGCAAACCAUAAGGUCGACGAAAAGCACCUUGUCAUGGAUAARGCUAAGUCUAUAGUGAGACAGCUGGACUCCAUAGACGAUAUCGUCUUUUGUCACAAUCCAGUUUAUCAUUUUAUCAAGAUCAAGAGUUUAUUGUUGCAGAUAAACGCCGCGGUGGAUGCCAUGGACAAUGACGAUGACGACUUAGCCUCCGAGUACUUUACCGACGCCCUGCUUUUGAUUGGACCCAAUCAAAAAGUUUCGAGAUUAAUGCAUAAUAAUUUACCCAGACACAUUAUCACAAAAAUCAAACGCAAUUACGGAAAAUACUUGGAAGAAGUGGAUGACGUAAAAACAUAA